AUGACUGUCACAUCGACCUUCCUUUCGAAGAUCCAAAAUCGUUUGAACGAAUAUCUCGUAUCGUGCUGCAAAGUUCUCAAUGCGUCCGAUUCCUCUCUGUGGAACUCGGAAUGUUUGAUGUUUUUCCAAAGGGUCGCUUCCCCGUUUCUACGUUUGUUUUUCAUAAUCGAAUUGGUUGUACGCUUUUCUCUAUUUACUAUGGCUUUUCGCACUCGUGCAUUUUCUGCUGUUAUAAAUGGUGUCCGUUCCAGUUCAAGAGCUCUGGGACGCCGAGUGGUCACCACCUACGGUCGAUCGCUUCUCGUCCCUAUGAGAGGAGUCCCCGUCAUGUUUAUGUCAACGACCACGGACCAGAACGCAAAGAAGGAGUUAUCUCCCGAAGAAGCCAAGAAAAUGGCCGCUGAGAUGUUGUUUAACGAGAAGGACUUGGGCGACAACAAGAAGGAUUCGGAGAAGGUGAAGGAAGAGUUUGUUCCUCCUAAGAAGGAGGAAGGAGCUCCCGAGGAGCAGCAUGAGUUCCAGGCUGAGACGAAGCAGCUGCUCGAUAUUGUGACCAACUCCAUUUACACGGACAAGGAGGUUUUCCUGAGAGAGCUUAUUUCCAAUGCUUCGGAUGCUCUGGAGAAGCUGCGCCACGAGCAGGUCUCCGGAGUGGCUGUGAAUGACAAGGACCUCCCUCUGGAGAUCCACAUUUACACAGAUGAGAAGAACGGAACGAUUACGAUCCAGGAUACGGGUAUUGGUAUGACAAAGAAGGAGAUGGAAGAGAACCUGGGUGUGAUCGCUCGCUCUGGCUCGAAGGCGUUUUUGAAGAAGGCGACAGCGGAAGGCAAGGCCGGAGAUCUGGGAACUUCUCUGAUCGGCCACUUCGGUGUCGGUUUCUACGCGGCUUUCAUGGUGGCGGACCACGUGGACGUGUUCUCCCACUCCGCAACGGACAAUGAAACGUACUGCUGGUCUUCGGACGGCACGGGCGCCUAUCAAAUCACGAAGGCGUCGUCGGCUCCUCGCGGAACGACGAUCGUGCUGCACCUGAAGGAGGACCAGAAGAAAUUCGCGAUCGAGCAGACGGUGAACCGCAUCAUCAAGAAGUACUCGAACUUCGUGAACCACCCGAUCCGUCUGAACGGACAGGAAGUGAACACGGUGCGCGCUAUCUGGGCGAUGGACAAGAACAGCAUCACCGAGCAGCAGUAUCUCGACUUCUACCACUUCGUGGGACAGGGUUGGGACACGCCGCUGUUCCGCCUGCACUUCUCUGCGGACGCGCCGAUCGCGCUGAAGGCGCUGUUCUACGUGGGCUCGAUGCAGACGGAGAAGAUGGGAUUGGGCCGAAUGGAGCCGGGCGUGUCGCUGUACAGCCGCAAAGUGCUGAUUGAGUCGCACAGCAAGACGCUGCUGCCAGAUUGGAUGCGGUUUGUGUACGGAGUGGUGGACAGCGAGGACAUUCCGCUCUCGCUGUCGCGUGAGAACAUGCAGGACUCGCUGCUGGUGAAGCGGAUCCGCAAGAUCUUGACGAAGAAGUUCCUGCGCUUCCUGCACGACAAGUCGACGAAGGAGCGCGACCAGUACCUCGUGUUCUUCAACGAGUUCCAUCCCUUCUUGAAGGAGGGAGUGAUCCAGGACUACGACAAUCGCCAGGACCUCGCCAGCAUCCUCAUGUUCGAGUCCUCCGCGUGCGACGCGUCCAAGCUCACCACGCUCGACGAGUACAUCAAGCGCAUGCCGGAGAGCCAGAAGGAGAUCUACUACCUGAACAGCACGAGCCGCUCGCUGGCGCAGGCCUCGCCGUACUACGAGGUGUUCAAGCGGAAGGGACUGGAGGUGCUGUUCCUGUACAGCCCGGUGGACGACUUCGUGAUGACGAACGUCCGCGAGUUCAAGGGAAAGCGCUUCGUGUCGGUGGAGAACGCGGAGAUCGACCUCUCCGCGGACGAGCCGAAGAAGGAGGACGGCGCGAAGUCCGCGCUGCCGGAGGGCCUGAGCGAGCAGGCGGCCGCGGAGCUGGCGGCGUGGAUGAAGACCUCGCUGGGCGAGAAGGUGAAGGACGUGAAGGUGACGCACCGCCUGGUGAGCUCGCCGGCGAUCGUGACGGACAGCAACAACGCGGGCUAUCGCCGCAUGGUGAAGCUGAUGCAGGCGGCGCGCGGCGAUCUGAAGGGCAUCAUGCCGCUGGAGCCCAUGGUGCUGGAGGUGAAUCCGCGCCACGACCUGAUGCUGAAGCUGAACGAGGUGCGCAUGAGCAAGCCGCUGCUGGCGCAGUGCGUGACGGAGCAGCUCUUCGACGACUGCUUGGUGUCCGCCGGAUUGAUGGACGACUCCCGUACGAUGAUCCCGCGUCUGAACUCGCUGCUGCUGGCGGCGCUGGGCGGCGACUUCAAGCUCCCGGCGGAGGUGGUGAGUCUGUCUGCGAACGAGGAGAAGAAGGAGGAAGUGGUGACCAACGUGGACGCCGCGGCCGAAGAGAAGAAGAAGCAAUAGACGAGGAAGCAGUAGUAGAAGUAGAAGUAGCAGCAAUAGUCGUAGUAAAGUGGAUUGUGGGU